GUUUAAUUGAUUCGACCGAAACGCGGCGUUUCGGAUAACUUUUCACGAUGGAGUGCGAGCGAAACGCUGAAGUAAUGGAUUGGAUAAGCAGAGCAGUAGGGACGACGACGACGACGACGACGGGAAAUGAUGACACCUGGCGGAAGCGGGAGUUUUAGGCCGUUACCGACGGCGAUGUACGCCGGAUAUUCAGGAACGGCGUCGUCUUGGGUAGCGAAGACCUCUGUGUCUGCGUCUGGGAAGAGGAUACAGAGAGAGAUGGCGGAGCUACACGUGGAUCCGCCUCCUGAUUGCUCGGCUGGACCCAAAGGGGAUAAUCUCUACCACUGGAUCGCGACCAUUGUUGGUCCCUUGGAUACUCCAGCUUUACCAGUGACUGCACGGCUCUACUUGUCGGAUAGAGAAAAGCAUGACGAGGUAGCUAAAGAAUGGACAUUGCGAUUUGCCAAGUGAACCCUAAGAUUUGGGACCUUCUUCAAUACGAGGAAAGACUAGAGAUAUAUUAUUGUAUACUUUAGUUCUUUCAUCAAUGCAUCCACCAAAGUGGAACCACAAUGUUAGAUGACCAAUUGAAAUACUUGUUUGCUCAGGGAAUAGGCAACAAAUGAAUGUGAGGUAGGACCUAUCCUCAGUAACUUCAAUUUAUUCAAGUUUAUACAAUUUAGUGUCAAAAACUUUUUCUUUGAGGACUAGAGAACCAAAGACCAUAUAUGGUCUGAAUUUCAACUGAUGUAUUUGUUUUCUUUCAAAAGAAAAAAUUAACAUCUUUUUGUUUUUUGGAACAAGAUAAAAAGUGACAAUAAAUAACCAUAUUUCCUUC